AUGAGUUCAGAUAAAACAAAUAUACUAAAGAAGUACAAAAUAGUGUUCUUAGGUGACCAAAGUGUUGGUAAAACAUCAUUAAUAACGAGGUUUAUGUAUGAUACUUUUGAUGAAACAUAUGCAACAACAAUUGGUAUAGAUUUUUUAAGUAAAACAAUGUAUCUUGAAGAAGGUAAAACAAUUAGGUUACAAUUAUGGGAUACUGCAGGACAAGAAAGGUUUCGAUCUUUAAUACCUUCAUAUAUUCGUGAUUCUCAUGUUGCAGUUAUAUGUUAUGAUAUUACAAAUAAAAAAUCAUUUCUAAAUUUAGAUAAAUGGAUACAUGAUGUAAAAGUUGAAAGAGGAGAUGAUGUUAUAAUUGUAUUAGUUGGGAAUAAAUCAGAUUUAGCAAAUGAUAAAAGACAAGUAAGUAUUGAAGAUGUGGAGAAUUUACAUCAAAAAACAGGUUCCAAAUUUUUUAUUGAAACUUCAACAAAAGCAAAUCAUAAUGUUAAAUUAUUAUUUAAAAAAAUUGCUCAAUCUCUACCUGAUUUUAAUAAUGAUGAUGAAACUAUUGAAAAUGGAGAAUUGAGUAAUAAAAAUCAACCUGAAACUAUUGACAUUACAAUUGAAAAUAAUGAAAAUAAUCAAAGUUCAAGCUCAUGCUGUUGA